UAUGAGUAUGUUGUUCUGUAUUCCAAUGUCAAUCCUAUUCUGUGGAGUGACGGCUGACAUUAGCCAUAGAUACUUUGACAAUAUACCAACCAACUUCAGUUUGCCGCAUUUAUUCGAAUAAUUUGGAUUGAAUAGUACAAAUUUUCGUUUACAGUUCUAAAUAUGGUUGAAGCGAGAGUGCCAGACGAGCUUAGAGAUUGGAAUGCAAUGGAUAUAUUUAUCUUUUCGAAUGGACAACAGUAUUCACCGCCGAGAAAGUAUCACUUGUGUUCGGAUGAUUUAAAGUUCUGGGAUUCUACAGUAAGCUUCCUUGCACAUUCACAGUAUGGUUCUUUACAUUCAAAGAUAGAGCUAUACACAAUAGAAGGAAGAAGAGUGGAGGGACCAUUGGAGCUACAUAAUGAUGCCGCGUAUGUAGCUGUCUCGCCGCCAGACCCUUUCAUACAGUCUGGAUAUGAUAAGUAUCUGCUGAAGGCUUCGAGAUCUUGGGAAAAGAGACAAGGGAAGAUAUUGAGUGGCAUCAGGAACCCAAUGCAUGAAAAAAUCCACGUUAGUGGAAACUUAGAGAUUACUACAUCUACUAACAAACCAGUGAAGGAUGAUUCUGUAUCAACAACUGAAACAGGUAAAUGCAGCAAGAUCAGCUCAGCCACAAAACAUAAGCCGUUAACAGCAACGAAACCAUCAACUAGAAGUUCAUCUCUAAUAAAAGACCCCGUUGAAAGACGAAAGCUUCUAACAACAAAAGCAAUUCUAAGAAAAGGGAAACUAUCAGACUCGUCAACAAAGAGAGAUAGUUCUUUGAUAAAGAAUUUAGGUGUUGUUGAUAAGUCUGUUAUAAAACAGGGUCUAACGCCUAGUGAAACACCUAUCAUUGACGCUAUAUUAGAAACGGAAUCUUCAGCGUCAGCAAAAAAACUUACGAAGAAUACUAAUGUUUCUAGUGACAAUGGACUUGAUGUUAUUCUGGAGAAAAAUGAACAUGCUAGUAAAAUUAAACCUAAUAAUAACGUAUACAAGAAUCCUGUGAGUGAAACGGAAUCUAUGAUAGUAGACGUCGACAAAGAUGUUAAUGAUGAUAUAACUAUGAAAAUUGAAAGCAAUACAAUUGAUAAUACUCUCAUUAAACUAGGUCAAAAUGAGAGUGUUGAUAAUGUAAUGAAAACAAAAGAUAUAGGCACUCAGAAAAGUUGGGUUUCCGUUAAUGAAAAACUACAGCAAACAAAGGAGUGUACUUUUAACUUGAAUCUAAAUAUCGAAGUACAUAAUCGAUCAAAUUCUAUUAAUAACAUGGAAUUGAGGAAAUGUUUUAGUAUCAAAUCAGCGGAACAAUCCAUGUUAGAUGUUCAGAAAGAGAAGGUUCGUGAAAACAUCGAUCCGGUUAUGUCAAAAACAGAACCCGAUAAUACCAAAGUUGUGGUUGUUCGAUGUUCAUGCAGCAGUCACCGUACGGAUAAUAAAAUAUUUGCCUUGGCGAAUGAGAAAGAUAAAGAUUAUUUCAUUUUGGUACCGACGCAAGGACUUAUUAAGGUGGAUAGUUGCAGACUCACUGCAUCAAAUACUGAAGAUGGAAAGGCAUAUGAAAGCAGAAACGAAAAAGUUGAUGACAUUGUUAUACCCAAGAAAGAGAAUGACACAGCAGAAGACGGUAAAACGGACAUUGUACAAGAUCGUAAAGCUUUACCUCCUGCAACUCCUACACCUUUACCAAAUAAAGAAGUUACAACAAAUACAAGUGCCUUCGAUAAAAGUAAAUUGUUUGAAGGACCACAAACUAAAAGUACUCAAACAGAUUGGUGCGAUCUUUUGCUGGAGGCGCGGCAUAGUCCGGGAGGCUACACACUCCAUUUGCCAUCGAUACAAAAAUUAAAGGAAUAUAAGUUAUAAGUUAUUGUUUUAU